CGAAAUAUCCUCUCCACUGUCUUUUUUUCUUUUCUUUUUUCUAUUCUCUUCUUCUUCAACUUCAGUUUCUAUCCUGUGGACCACUAUAAUAAUAAUAAUCAAAAUAACCGGAUUAAGAACAACUUGAGUACUUGAAAACCCUAGAUGGCUCUGGACGAAUCUUCAGCUUCUGUAGAUUCUCACAGUUCACCCUCUGCAUCUCUCACCAGCAAUCUCGACCCUCCAAUUGAAUCCUCCUCUUCUAAUACAAGCAAGCUUAACGCUCAGGCUCCUGCUUUCCUUCCUAGAACCUCUCCUGGACGCGUCUAUGCUGCUCCCCUACAUCAGAUCACAACUCAUCUCCCUCUACAAAAUCACUUCCUUUACGCCCCUCAAUUACCACUACAGUCUCCUCCAUCACCUUACUAUGCCAGUGUUGCUCGACGAUUUGUUGAUCAAGAGGUUACUGCUGCUGCUGAUGUCGAUGAUUUAGCUAAGAAUGGAGGGUUAACUGAAGAAGCUGCUCAGAAAAUCGUUAAUCAGGUGGAGUUCUAUUUCAGCGAUCUUAAUUUGGCAACAACUGAAAAUUUGAUAAGGCAUAUGAUCAAGGAUCCCGAGGGGUAUGUACCAAUAUCAGUGGUUGCAUCAUUCAAGAAGAUUAAAGCUCUAAUAGGAAGUCAUGCCCAGCUUGCCGAAGUUCUACGCAGCUCAAUAAAUCUUGUAGUUAGUGAAGAUGGAAAGAAAGUUAAACGGCAAAAUCCUCUGACCGAAGCUGCCUUAGAAGAGUUGCAAUCUCGCAUAGUGGUUGCUGAGAAUUUGCCUGAGGACCACUGCCACCAGAACCUCAUGAAGAUUUUUUCAGCAGUUGGAAGGGUAAAAAUGAUACGCACCUGCCACCCUCAGCCUUCAAAUGGUGGGGCUUCUUCAGCAUCUAGAUCAGCAAAAUCAGACAGCACGUUGUAUAGUAACAAGUUGCUCGUUACUAGAUCUGAAUUAAACAGCUCAAUGCAGUUGCACGCAUUUGUGGAGUACGACGCUGUUGAAUUUGCUGAGAAGGCGGUUCUUGAGCUAAAUGACGUGGAUAACUGGCGAAAUGGUCUAAAAGUCCAUCUGUUGCUUAGACGCGCAGCCAAAUCUGGUCAAGCCCGAGUGAAGAAGCUUGGUCAUGAAAGUGAUCUGAACUUCAAAGAAGAUGAUGAAAAUGCAUUAGAACUCAAUGAGAAACAUGAUGGAGACUCCUCCCACCAUGUUGACGUGCAGUCCAAUGACGUUGCAGAGGAGCAUGGCCACGUUGGGAAGAAGAAAGGGCACAAUCGCGGUCGGGGUAAGGUACAGAGACCAGGACCAGGACAGACGAGAGGUCGGGGACGUGAAACCCCCCAGUUUCGACAAAGCAAUCGUGGAGGGCGUACAGGGGGUUCUGUAAUGAAAAUGAAUACUGGAAGUAGUGUGGCUAGUGCCCCCUCGAGUACUAGUGGUGUUAAUGUAGCAGGCCUGCCUGCAGUAGUUUCUGACCAGUCAGCUGGCAAGCAAUCUUAUGUGCCUCGCAUGCCAGAUGGCACUAAGGGAUUCUCCAUGGGUCGAGGAAAACCAGUUGCUGUUAGAACUGAGUGAUGAUGUUCUAGUUUCAUGGAAAGGGUCUCUGUUCAAGCAAACAUUUCCCAAGUAUAGAGGGGGCAAUGUUUCUUCUUUCUUUGCGGUAUUGAUGGCAGGGUUUUGAAGACUGCCAUCGAUCCAGUUAAGAUGAUACAUGGAUUGAUUUAGCAGCAAGAGUCAAAACUCGAAGAAGUUCUGUUUGUUGUUAAACCAAAGAGCCUGUGCUGUGAUUUAGUUUUGGAACACUGAACCUGAGAUUAACAUAAAACAAUACAAAAUUGGUUAAAGAUUAUCUCUGUCUGAGUGUUUGUCUAACAUGAUGUUGGUUGGAUAAUAUACUGUGAAUAAACAGAUGGAACUCUCAAUUUUAUGUUUUUAGGUAAAACGGUUUUGUAAUUUUUCAAUAUAAUGCAAUGGAAAACGGAUAUAUGCCCCUU